AUGAAUUUAGAAAAAUUGUCAUACAAACAAAUUUUAUUCCUAUUUUAUGCAACCUCCACAUACUUUUUUUUCUAUCACUACUAUGGAUAGUCACUAUUAAUAGCUUUUUUAAUUAUCUAACUCUUACUUAUGUUGUCACAUUAUUAAAUUGUUAAUACAGAACCUGGCCCUAUUAAAUUGAAACAAACACCUAUUGAAAUCAUUUAAAAUAAUAAUUUACCAUCCAAUUUCAUAAUUGAAAAUGAGAUAUAAUUACAAAAUAAAUGUAAAAAAUGCAAUAUGAAUUGGAAACCUCCAAAAACUCAUCAUUGCUAAACUUGUAAUAAAUGUAUUCAUUACAGAGAUCAUCAUUGUGUUUGGUUUAAUUGUUGCGUUGGUUACAAAAAUUUAAAAUAUUUUUGCUAAUUUUUAAUAUACUUUUCAAUAAUCACUUUAAUUCAUGGAAUCACAAGCGUAUAUAAGCUCCUUUCUAUGAUUUAUCAAUUUAAUUAAUAAGGGUAUAUAAAUUUAUAAUGGUCAUUCAUUUAUAAUUUCUUAUCUUUUGACUUCAUAUUAAUAUUAAUUUAAUUACUAAUAUCUUUUGUAGGCUAUAAAAUAAGUAAUAUAUUAUUGAAAGAUAAAUUUGUAUAAUUACCUGAUUUGACAACAUAUCAUGGAUAAAAAGGGGAAAGAUAUAUGUAUUAUAAAGAUUUUAAAAGCAAACUAACAAGACUACUUAGCAAAAACAUAUUACUCUGGAUCUUACCCUUACCAAAUAAAUUUAAUUUAAAUUACUUAGAACUUACAUACCCUAAAGUGACAGCAGGGAAAGAACUUCUUGACUAUUAUUUAGAUUAAAAGGACAAAGACUAUCCUCUCUACAAAAUUUUUGAAAUAAAUGAUUGA